UCUCGUCCCUUUUGCCCCUCAAACACAGCCAACAUGUUGGUGCUGUUUGAAACGCCUGCGGGCUAUGCCCUUUUCAAGGUCAAGAAGGGCGUCAAGCUGUCCGAGGCCGACCUUGCCGACGUCUUUGCCACCCCCGACGCUGCCAAUGAGGCCGUCAAGCUCAAGGGCUUCCACAAGUUUGAGGACACUGUAGAGGCCCUCACCGCGGCCACCGCCCUGACCGAGGGUAAGCUCAGCAAGGGCCUCAAGUCCUUCCUCAAGGACAACAUCAUUAGCAAGGAGGUUCAAGACACCCUGGCCGUCCCCGAGGCUAAGCUGGGUACCGUCAUCAAGGAGAAGCUCGGUAUCCAGUGCGUCUACGACUCUGGUGUGCAGGAGCUGAUGCGUGGCAUCCGCUCGCAGCUCUCUGCCGUCAUCUCGGGCCUCCGCGAGUCUGACUUGACCGCCAUGACCCUCGGUCUGGCGCACAGCCUCUCUCGCUACAAGCUCAAGUUUAGCCCCGAUAAAGUUGACACCAUGAUUGUGCAGGCCAUUGCCCUGCUCGAUGACCUGGACAAGGAGCUCAACACCUACACCAUGCGCGUGCGCGAGUGGUAUGGCUGGCAUUUUCCCGAGCUCGGCAAGAUCAUCACUGACAACAACGCUUUCGUGCGCACUGUCCUGACCACGGGCAACCGCAAGAACAUGUCCAGCACAGACCUCUCGGAGAUUUUGCCCGAGGAGGUUGAGCAAGACGCCAAGGAGGCCGCCGAAAUCUCCAUGGGUACUGAGAUCAGCAACGAGGAUUUGGAUCACAUCAAGUCCUUGGCCGAACAGGUGCUGGCCAUUACCGAGUACCGUGCCCAGCUCUACGAUUAUUUGAAGAACCGCAUGAACGCCGUGGCACCCAACCUGACGGUGAUGGUGGGCGAGCUUGUCGGCGCUCGUCUGAUUGCACAUGCUGGCUCUCUUCUCAACUUGGCCAAGCACCCCGCCUCUACCGUCCAGAUUCUGGGCGCCGAGAAGGCCCUGUUCCGUGCUCUCAAGACCAAGCACGACACGCCAAAGUACGGUCUUUUGUACCACGCUUCAGUCGUGGGCCAGAGUCAGCCCAAGAACAAGGGCAAGAUGUCUCGCGUGCUUGCGGCCAAGACCUCUCUCGUGGCCCGUGUCGAUGCCUUGGCCGACGAGAGCAACGUGAACAUUGGUCUCGAUUACAAGGCCAAGGUGGAUGCUCGCCUGCGUCAGCUCGAGGGUGGCGAGGUGGUUGCCGCCACCAAGACGGGCGCCGCCGUCGGCCCUCAGUCCUUUGAGACAGUACCCCCUACGCAACAGUACAACACGGCCACCGAUGCUGUGAUGGAUGUUGAUUCGGAUGACGAGAGUUCAAAGAAGAAGGCCAAGAAGGCCAAGAAGGAUAAGAGUGACAAGGACAAGAAGAAGAAGAAGCGCUCUGCUGAUGCGGCAGACGAGGAUGCCGAGGAGGAGAAGAAGCCCAAGAAGAAGAAGAGCAAAAAGUCCAAGGGCGAGUAGAUGCCUAGCAGGUGUCUUCAAACUCAAACUCUUUUUAGCUGCGACUUGCUUUUUUGGCAGCAGAGCAAUUGCUUAGUGUUCUUGUAGAUGCAACGUCUUUGGGUUGUUCCCACAUGUUCACCGUGUGCGGUCUUUUUGUGCGUGUGUUUUGAGUCAUGACUUGCACGCGGUUUCGGUGUCCUUGUAUGUGUUGUUGCCCUGCCGUUGCCAUCCAGGCAUGCUGGCCUGUCUCAGGCUCAAGCUCGUCCCCUCUGUUGUGUGCUUGCUGAUUCGUCUCUUUGUCAUUCGUUAUUGUUGUUCACAUCCGCCUUGACGCCGUCGACCACCCUGCUUGUGCGAGUGGAGCUUCGUGUGAUAGGCGAGGUUUUGUGAUUCGAGUCCGUGCAGGUCAUGUCCAUGCUUUUAUCGUUUUGAGGCGUGUCCUGUAAAGUUGCGUAGCAUACGUUCGGUCUCUGUAGCUCUUGUUUGUUCCUGGUGAUCUUUUUUUUUUUUUUUCCCUUCGCUCCUUCUUGGUGGGGCGGGCAACACCGAGACUUUUGGCAGCUCGAUGCCUGCUUUUUUUUUUCCCCUCUCUUUCUUCUCACUGCUCUUUCUAAGGGCAUAUCCUUGUACUAGCAGGACAUGCCUUUGAUUGAGUUUGCCAAACCAAAUUUAUCGAAAUCUUG